GCAAAGGAGGGAGGGAAGGAAGGAAGAGAAGGAGGCGGGCAGGCAGGCAAGCGCGGGGGUCGGGGACUGAGGCAGUAGAGAGAGGCGAGAGCCCGGCAGCCGCUUCGCGCUGUGUUUGCUGCGCGGGCUUUUGGAGGGGGCGACCGUUGAGUCGGUCCAGGAGAAGCGGGCACCGGCGGCGUUGGUGCUGGCGCCUGGGGGCGGGGGACUGGAGAGGCAAGAAGGGGGGUCGCUGCGGUGGUUCUCUAGCUGUCGCGUUCUCCUUGCCUUUCUCCCGGCUCGGUGGGCUUCCCCCGGGGUCUCACUCGCCUCCGGGGCCCCGCUCCCCGCCCCCCGCGGUAUGUCUUGAUCCCGAGCAGCGGGUUUCAUGGGGCUCCUUAGGAUUAUGAUGCCGCCCAAGUUGCAGCUGCUGGCGGUGGUGGCCUUCGCAGUGGCGAUGCUCUUCUUGGAGAACCAAAUCCAGAAACUGGAGGAGUCCCGAUCGAAGCUAGAAAGGGCUAUCGCAAGACAUGAAGUUCGAGAAAUUGAGCAGCGACAUACAAUGGAUGGUCCUCGACAAGAGGCAGCGCUAGAUGAGGAGGAGGAUAUGGUGAUCAUUUAUAACAGAGUCCCCAAAACUGCAAGCACCUCUUUUACCAAUAUUGCCUAUGACCUUUGUGCAAAGAAUAAAUACCAUGUUCUUCACAUCAACACUACCAAAAAUAAUCCAGUGAUGUCACUACAAGACCAGGUACGCUUUGUAAAGAAUAUAACUUCCUGGAAAGAGAUGAAACCAGGGUUUUAUCAUGGACAUGUUUCUUAUUUGGAUUUUGCAAAAUUUGGUGUGAAGAAGAAGCCAAUUUACAUUAAUGUUAUAAGGGAUCCUAUUGAGAGGCUAGUUUCUUACUAUUAUUUUCUGAGAUUCGGAGAUGAUUAUAGACCAGGGUUAAGAAGACGAAAACAAGGAGACAAAAAGACCUUUGAUGAAUGUGUAGCUGAGGGCGGCUCAGACUGUGCUCCGGAGAAGCUCUGGCUUCAAAUCCCAUUCUUCUGUGGCCACAGCUCGGAAUGCUGGAAUGUGGGAAGCAGGUGGGCCAUGGAUCAAGCCAAGUAUAACCUAAUUAAUGAAUACUUUCUGGUGGGAGUUACUGAAGAGCUUGAAGAUUUUAUCAUGUUACUGGAGGCAGCUUUGCCCCGGUUCUUCAGGGGUGCUACAGAACUCUACCGUACAGUAGGAAAGAAAUCUCAUCUUAGGAAAACCACGGAGAAGAAGCUCCCCACUAAACAAACCAUUGCAAAACUGCAGCAGUCUGACAUAUGGAAAAUGGAGAAUGAGUUCUAUGAGUUUGCUCUGGAGCAGUUCCAGUUCAUCAGAGCCCACGCCGUACGAGAAAAAGACGGAGACCUCUACAUCCUCGCACAAAACUUUUUCUAUGAAAAGAUUUACCCUAAAUCGAACUGAGUACAGGUGUGACUGUUCGAUUCUUGAACUAAAACUUUGACCCUGUCUUCACCUUAGUUCUCAGCUCUACAGCUCGGUUGCUGAUAGGUGUAUGAGACAAUUUGUAUUGAGCCAAGUUAGGAAACAGACAGAAACACCGAGGAAGUAGAUACUGGCUGGUAAGUUUCAGUGGCCUGAGAAGUUUAAGUUUCAGCCUUUCUUUCUUUCCUUCCUUCUUUCUUUCUUUCUUUCUUUCUUUCUUUCCUUCCUUCCUUCCUUCUUUCUUUCUUUCUUUCUUUCUUUCUUUCUUUCUUUCUUUCUUUCUUUUCUUUCUUUCUUUCUUUCUUUCUUUCUUUCUUUCUUUCUUUCUUUCUUUCCUUUCUUUCUUUCUUUCUUUCUUUUCUUUCUUUCUUUCUUUCUUUUUUUUUUUACCCCCCUGGUUAAAUUUUCAUGGGAGUUAUAAUCUCCUGCCUGGAAAAAGCCUACACAUCACCUAAAAAUCAACACAUAGCAGGUCUAGUCAGAGGCUAAAUACAAUUUCACAAAAAAGUUCUGAUACUCCCUUUUUGAUAAAGCAUUUUUUUUUCAACUAACCAUGAAUGAAGAUGAGUCCAUUUGCUACUUCCACCUUCACCUGGAGGUUCGAGAUACACACCUGUACCGAAUAGCGUUAUUAACUGUUGGGCAGUGUGUGCUUUGUUUUCGUGAAUCCUGUCUCAUGAAAUUUACUGGAAUGUUUGAUCCUGUUUGCUGAGAAUGUCUCUGCUGUAGUUGGAAUUGCCCAUAUUUAUGUAGGCCGUUUUAAUAUUCUUUAAAAAAAAAAAAAGAUCUUUAGUGUUAAAAACCAAUUUUAAAAUAAUCAAAGCAGUAUUUCUCAUUCCUGUCUCCCCAGUACCUAAGACUGGGGAGACACUUCAAAGAAUGCUGACAUUUUAGUUUAAGACUUCCACACAUUAAUAUCAAAAAAGUAAGUUUAGUAUUUGUUCCCCCAUGGGUUAUUUGUAAAGCAGUAAACUGACAUUGGUGAUUCCAUAUUAUAACUCCAUUAGUGAGCUGUGGUAUGGGUAGGAUUUUCCUACUUCUUCUGUACUUUUACUUGUAGACUAUUUUUACUAAGGUGCUUUAUAAUGUGUUUUAAAGCAUUGCAUUUACAAAAAAAAAGAAAGGAAAAUGCUGUAAAUAUUGCAUAUUUUAUGUAUUUGGACCAAAAGGUUAGACGUAAUUAGAUAAAAGUGGUUUUGCACCCGUUUUAUUAAGUCAAGUAAAAUCAUCAGACCU